UACAUACAUACAUACAUGUAUCAUCUCUCUCUCUCUCUCCUCUUGAGAGAGAAAAGUCAAUCAUCAAUGAACAACAAAUCUACACAACGAUUCUGAUUUAAUUACAGAUAUACACACAUACACGCAUCUUCACAUUCCUAGAUUUACAUACAUACAUUCAUAUGUUCUCUAAACCCUAAUUUCCUGCAUUCAUCGAAUCGAAUCCAAUGUAUUGGUGUUACACCAACAAUUGGAUCAACAAUAGAAGAGAGUAUGAAUCUGGAUUGAGCAGAUCUGAUUACGAUGAGGAAGAGAUUGAUGAAUGUCGGUGUAUCUAGGGUUUUGAAAGGGUCAAUAUGCAGCUACAUAUCUCACAUAGUAUGAGAAGUAUAACAAUAUCGAGUAACAAUGGGUUUACUGACUUGAUGAAGAUCAAAAUAGCAGCUCGUCAUAUUUCUUACCGUACUAUAUUUCAUACCAUUCUCAUUCUGGCUUUCUUGUUGCCCUUUGUUUUUAUUCUUACUGCUCUUGUUACUUUGGAAGGUGUCAACAAGUGCUCAUCUAUUGAUUGUUUAGGAAGGCGUUUAGGACCAAAACUUCUCGGGAGGGGUGAUGAUUCAGAGAGGUAUCUUACAGAUUUCUACACGAUCCUCGAUCAAGUUCAUUCUGAAGAAAUCCCAGAUGAUCUAGAGCUUCCUGAUAACUUUAAACAGCUCGUUUCCGAAAUGAAAAACAACAAAUACAACGCCAAGACAUUCGCGCUUACUCUGAAAGGAAUGAUGGAAAGAUCUGAAAGAGAGAUCAGAGAAUCUAAAUUUCAAGAACUUAUGAACAAACACUUUGCGGCAACUUCAAUUCCCAAAGGCAUUCACUGUCUCUCUUUGCGUUUAACCGAUGAGUAUUCUUCUAACGCUCAUGCAAGAAAACAAUUGCCUUCACCCGAAUUGCUCCCGCUUCUUUCCGAUAAUUCCUACCACCACUUUGUCGUGUUUACCGACAAUAUUCUGGCGGCUUCGGUGGUUGUCUCGUCUGCUGUCCGGUCAUCUCUUCGGCCUGAAAAGAUCGUGUUUCAUGUAAUAACCGACAAGAAAACUUACGCAGGCAUGCACUCAUGGUUUGCGUUAAACCCUAUAUCACCGAGCAUUGUGGAAGUCAAAGGUGUUCAUCAGUUUGACUGGUUGACCAGAGAUAAUAUUCCUGUUCUUGAAGCCAUGGAAAAUCAUGAUGGAGUUCGAAAUUACUAUCAUGGGAAUCAUGUUGCCGGUGCCAAUCGUAGUGCCACAUCUCCGAGAUUAUUUGCCUCCAAAUUGCAGGCUCGGAGUCCCAAGUACAUGUCAUUGCUCAAUCAUCUUCGCAUAUAUUUGCCAGAGCUCUUCCCGAAUCUCGACAAGGUGGUUUUCUUAGACGAUGACAUCGUAAUACAACGUGAUUUGUCACCACUUUGGGAUAUUGAUCUUGGCGGAAGAGUUAAUGGAGCGGUUGAAACUUGUAAAGGCGAAGACCCGUGGGUAAUGGGCAAACGGUUCAAAAUCUACUUCAAUUUUUCUCACCCACGAGUAGCAGAAAGUUUGGACCCAGAAGAGUGUGCUUGGGCUUUCGGUAUGAAUAUCUUCGACUUACGCGCAUGGAGAAAAACCAAUAUUAGAGAAACAUAUCACUCGUGGUUGAAAGAGAAUUUGAAGUCAAAUUUGACAUUAUGGAGGCUUGGAACAUUACCACCAGCCCUGAUCGCGUUUAGAGGUUACGUUCACCCGAUCGACCCGUCAUGGCACAUGUUGGGCUUGGGGUACCAGAACAAUACGAGCAUCGAGAGUGUAAAAAAGGCUGCUGUGAUUCAUUACAAUGGGCAAUCAAAACCGUGGCUAGAGAUUGGAUACGAGCAUCUUCGUCCUUUCUGGUCAAAGUACGUCAACUACUCAAACGAAUUUGUCAAGAAUUGCCACAUAUUGGAGUAAUGGCGAUUGAUAUACACUUGAAGGAAGAACAAAGAAUUUUGCAAACAUUUAUUUGACAGAAUGGCAGUGCAAGUUGAGAAAGCCGAGCCCACAUUCUUUCGGUCUGUAACGCAAUCGUUUCUUUAUUCAGACAAUAUUUAGCCCUCAAUAUCAGGAGGGUAUACCGUAUACGGUAAUUGAUAGGAUGAAAUAAUAGGAAUUGAAGUCUGGGCAUGCCUAAUGAGAAGAAGAUGAAUAUCCUCAACUUUAGCCCAGCCCAAUUAGCUUCAGAAAAAGAUAUGAUUAUUUAUUCCCAUAUAAGUUUUUCUUUUUUAUAUAAUUAUGUCAAUUUCUAGGCCAUAGAUGGUUGAAAUUUUUAUGUCACAGGAACAUUAUUUAUAGGUUAUAUGUGGGAAAUGGUCAUGUAUGAUUCAUGAGAGACAUAUCAAAUGUGCAGUAAAUUCUUUUUAAUCUAAGUUUAAUGGUAUUGUUGUUGCAUAUGAGACAAUCAUUUAUAUA